AUGGCGUUUCCUCACACCCCUAAGAGAGGGAAGGAUUUAUUCCAAUUGAUCGACAAACUUAACGAGCAAUUUGGUUUAGAUAUCCCUAACCCAAAGAUUCACUCACCAUCUCUUGAGCCUGAUAGAAAGUCGCUCAGGUGGCGCGUGCAUUUGGGCAUCAAACGGCUUCACUACGACCGGAAUGCCAACAUAAAUGAGACUCUCAACAAUUUCGAGGAUGUGUCCGAGUCGGAGCGAGACGAGCGUCUCAUAUACUUAGCAAAACUGAUCAGGGAUGAAUUGUAUAUAUUGACCAAGGGUUCCUAUUCACCUUUCUUCAAAGGACUUGAUGGGAUCCCUGAAAAAGCCACAGAACAAUCAAGCCCAUCGAAAGGGUUGAAAAGAAGGAUGUCUGAGGAGGAGGACGAAUUCCGCACUGCCCCAAAUUCUCCGGUAAACUAUCCUGUGCAGGGAUCUACUCUGGAGGACGCGUUUGAUCUGGUCAAUGAUGGGGAGGGGUAUAGUUUAGAUCCAGGGCCAGCUCAGGUUUUCAAAAGCCCUAAAGUUAAUGCUACAAGGGGACCAUCCGCAUUUGUCCAAAGGUUAACGGCACCUGACAAGUUUCGACGAUACGAUGCAGUGCCACCUACACAGGACGACCCAAACGUUAGUUUCGCAACCACCGAGCCGACAUCUAUUUUUGAUUCUCGCGAUGACCGAAUUGAUACCUCGUUUAUAUCAACCAUUACGGACGCUACUGUGCCCAUGUGUGACUCGGACUACGAAGAUUCGGUGGUGAAUCAUAUGCUCAGCCAGGAGCUGAAAAUGGCACUUGAAAGGUCACAACUCAUGGACGAGACUAUUGUUCAUGAGCCUCCCGAAUCUGUUGAGCAGCGACUGAUAGAUGACCUCCUUCACUACGGGCCAUUUGCGCAAACAUAUUCCUUUCCGGGCUCAAUACCCUUACGAUAUCGGUACGAGUUGGAGAGGAUAGGUAGAGCCUGGAAUAUUUCCUCUGACCGCAUGCUGGCUGGUAACAGCAUAUCCUUCAAAACACGCGAUGGCUUCUGGGAAUGGAUCAAGGGCCACAACCAACGCAAUGGGAAGCCACUCCCAGAAAAGCCGACCACGAAAGCUUGGGAUUCUGCUAUUGGGAGCUUCAAGACAGAUAAGCAUUCAGAAGUGGUUGUCCUUACGGGCGAUCUAGAAUGGUGCAGCGAACAUGAACCAGGCAUUUUCAAGAUGAACUUGAAUCCACUGAAGACCGAGAGGACAUGUCGAUUCCAUCGCCGUUUUGGAUCAGACAGAUUUCUUAGCUUGACAAUGCCUGCGCCGUCGCGCCCCCCGCGCCAUUUCCCAUUGCCAUCGGACCCUUCUCUGCUGCGAGAAACUAUAGCCCUAUGGCUGACACAGAAUGUUCACCGGUGUCUGGGAAGGAUAUGGAAGCCCUUCUUUGUAGAAGAGAUCAAGUCGAAACGCAAAGUGAAGGCAGAGCCGAAGUUCAGGGUGGACUUCUUCGCGAUUGAUGGCGUGGACUUUAAUAAGAACACGCACAUACCUCCCAUACCUCUCGCGAGACAAAAUAGUGAGAGCCACACCCCCAUGAGCUUGGACUCCCUGCUCAACUGGCAUAUGUCGCGAGACGAUAAUAUAAAGCAGGCAAACUGCAAACUGUUCCAGCGUAUCUCAUUGGGGCUUUCGAAGACCUUCGCGACUGUUGCCUUGAAGCCAUCGCAGAUUCUUCCUCUAGAAGAACCCGAAGGCACACCGGUAAUGAAUGAUGGUUGCGCGCUGAUGUCUAGGGGUCUAGCCAGCCGGAUAUGUGACUCUUUAGGCAUUACUGGAGCCACCCCUAGUGCAUUUCAGGGCAGAAUUGCUGGGGCCAAGGGUCUGUGGAUGGUAGAUAAGCACAACUCUACUAUCUCAACAGAGAGUGACGUGUGGAUUCAGAUAUCUGAUUCGCAGUUGAAAAUCAAGCCGCACCCGGCGGGUUGGCAAGAGCCUGUAGAUGAAGAGAAGCUCACAUUUGAAGUUGUAAAAUGGUCCAAGCCCUUACAUACGGUGGACCUGAACACCCAACUUCUGGCUAUUCUAGAGCACGGAGGGCAGAUUAAAGAAUACGUCGCCGGUCUCACACGAGCUGGGAUCAGAGCGGUAUGUGAAGACUUUGCUACUGUCGUCCAGUCAGACAGUCCCGUUCUCUGUCGCAGUCUAAUACAAAAGAUGAAGCCAUCAGCAGAAAGCAGUAGCGCUGCAAUGCUUCACAAGGUCAGACGCAUGGAGGAAUGGAUGGCCGACGAUGCGGAGGCUGUUGUUCGACUGACAGAGGCAGGCUUUGCACCUCGAACUUUCCGCCCUCUUCGGAAGCGUCUGAGGAAAUGUCUAAUAGGUCUGCUAGAUCAAUAUGUAGAACAACUGCAUAUUGAAGUACCUCUUUCCACCUAUGCUUUUUGCAUCGCAGACCCAUAUAGGGUCCUGAAAGAGGAUGAAGUUCACUUUGGCUUCUCCAGUAACUGGCGUGAUCCUGAAGGCCAAUUCGAAGACAAUCUACUCGACGGUAUGGACGUUCUUGUAGCUCGGCUCCCCGCACAUGUGCCGUCUGAUAUCCAGCGACGAAGAGCUGUGUGGAAGCCAGAGCUCCGGCAUUUCAAAGAUGUUAUCGUUUUCCCUACUGUUGGGACAACGCCACUGGCGCACAUGUUAUCCGGUGGUGAUUACGACGGUGAUACAACGUGGGUUUGCUGGGACCAAAAUAUUGUCCAGAAGUUUCGUAAUUCCGACCUAUCCACCAUGGAAUACCCUGCGGAGCACUUUGGUCUUGAGGAACAUAACGUGCCAAUGAAAGAUAUUGACUCAUGGGACGAGUUUCUUCAAAGCACUUUUACGUUCAAUUUAACCAUGUCUAAUCUGGGAAGGUGUACUGUCGAGCACGAGAAGAUAUCCUACGACGAAUCGAUCGACUCGCCGAAUGCCAAAGAGCUCGCCUGUCUCCUCAGUCAUUUGGUGGACGGUCGUAAAGGAGGGGUCCGCUUAUCAGAACAGGCGUGGCGAGCAUAUCGCAAAAGGGUUAGCCCUAGGGCACGGGAUGUGCCUGCGUACAAGAACCCCAGCCGAAGACCCAAGCUCACCAAUAUAAUAGACUAUCUACGCUUCGAAGUUGCUCAGAAAGAGAAGGAUAAUGUUCUAAGGCUAUUGGAGGGGUCAUUAGCUAAAGCGGGGACCACGUACGAGCAUGAUAGAGAUCUUACCAAGCCGUGGGACGAGGCACGGGAGCAGGCCGAGGAAGACCGACGUGAAGGUGGACAACUUCAUGUGAUUUUGAAAAAUGUCGCCCAAGAAAUUGAUGAUCUUUUCGACAGAUGGACCCGCUCGGUCACUGGCGAAAACUCAUUCUCGGCUGUCUCGUUGGAGAUCGCUGAUCAGGCUAAAGCCAUCCCACCACCCGAGGGUGAUCACCCUAUGAUCCUUGUCUGGCGAUAUAGUAACGAUGCGUGGCUCCAAUUGCUUGCUUCGUACUUGUACAAGAAGCGUCCCGAAUCAAGCUUUGUCCUAUAUGCCUUUGGAGAAACACUCUGCGAAUUAAAAGCCAGUAGUGUACCGUCACGAUCAGUGGUGAAUGAAAUUCUAGCUUGUUACCGGGUUAAUCAGAAGGUGGUUGCAAGGUUGACAGCCAGAGACACGGUGGAAGAUGAAGACAGUGAUGAUGGCAAUGAAUAUGAAGGCGCAGAUGCUAUAGCGAUGCUUCAGGCAACAAAACUUUCUGGGGGGUAUUAUGACUGGGACGAUGAUCUCUCCGUGGAGUGA